CGCUUACGCUAGAUACCUACCUCAGACGCAUCUCAUUCGCUGGAUAGGGUAGGUAAUGGCGCCAUGAUCAGGCCACUGAAGAGGGGUUUGGAGUCCUAAUAGCCUCAGGCUUGCAGUGGGGACCAGCUUGCUAGGUACUGCAAUGUGGCGCGGCGCAUGUUUCAAUGCCUGCUUUCUGCUGUUCUCAGUUCUGUGAAGAGCUCCUGAAAUGAAGAAGACGUGUAGAUUUCUUAAUGAAGGGUGCCCCUGUUAAAGCUUCUUGAAGGUGCCCAUGUUAAAGCUCACGAUAGCCUUGACCCGUCCUGGCAGCGGUGUAUUUCUGCCAGCUUCUUCCUCUCUUCUCCAAGCAACUACUUCUGACUGCGAAGCUGCUCGUUUGAAAGCAACAGCAAAGUUUAGGUUAGGCAUCAUGGAGAAUCAUCUAGAGCGUCUCGAGGCCGGCCUGGCUGGCAAGCAGUCCGUUCCCGGCCCCCACUCAACACAUGAAGCAUCUAUUCCGGAGACUUCAGUUGUGGCUAACGGCGAGGAAGCUUUAGGGGUUCCCAAGUCUAGAUGGGGCUUUACAGGAGGCUUUGAGGGGAAAAGUAAAGGCAAUGGGGAUGCAGUGGACGGGGGAAAUAGGGGAGUCUGGCGGAAAAGGUCGGGCGGGGCAAGGAGCGAUACGGGAAGCGAGGAUGGCGUGAAGAGGAUCAAGAACGCACCGGCAAAGCAUGCGCCGACUCUCGGAACGCUGAAUGGGGUGCUCAUCCCCACCUGCGAGAACAUGUGGGGCGUCCUUAUUUUCCUGCGCUUCUACUACAUUGUCGGAAACGCGGGGAUCUGGCAGUCGUUAGUCAUUGUGGCCAUCUCGCUCCUCUGCGCUCUGCUGACAUCACUCUCCCUGAGUGCCAUCGUCACUAACGGGCCUGCGCGCGAGGGUGGCACCUACUUCCUGAUUAGUCGUGCGCUGGGGCCGCGCAUUGGGGGUGCCGUUGGAUUCAUGUACUUCCUGGGAGUGUCCCUUCUCGCUGUCCUGGAGGCACUGGGAGCGGUCGAAGUCCUGGAGUCGGCCUUUCCUGCCCUGGCCUUCCCUUCGUCGAACCGCAUCUUUGGGGCAAUCAUCGUGCUGGCUUUGGGUCUCCUGGUACUGGUCGGCCUCAAAUUCGUGUCCAAGCUGAGCGUCGUCUUCUUCGGCGUGGUUCUACUCACGAUGGCCUCCUUUUACAUGGGCCUGUUCCUCGCGCCCAAGGGCGGCCGUCCGCCAGAGCUCACCGGUCUGUCUUGGGAGACGUUCAAAGCGAAUUGGGGCCCGGGUUAUGAAAAGGGGGUCAAUUUCCCGGUCGCUCUUUCCGUGUUCUUCCCGUGCUACACCGGGAUCCUCAGUGGCGCGGACCGUGCCAGCAACUUGAAGAAGCCCCAGGUGUCCGUCCCCCGGGGGACGAUUGGAGCCAUCACUUUGAGCAGCUUCAUCUACGUCACCUACAUGUGCCUCUGGGGGGCUGUUGGCACCCGCGACUACCUGCUGGGAAAUCUCGAACCGCUCCAGACGCCCGGCGGACGCCGAUUGCUUUCCGGGAACGUGGAUUCUCAGGUGAUUCCGGACAUUGUGUGGCCGGUGGCUAAAGUGACGCAGAUUGGGAUCAUCAUUGCGAGUCUGGCGCAGGCGCUACAGUGCUUGAUCACGGCGCCUAAACUGCUGCAGGCCAUUGCGAAGGACGACAUCAUCUCGUUCCUGCGGCCCAUGAAGAAAGUGAGCGCCAAGAACGAGCCGAUCCGCGCACUCGUCUUCACGAUCAUCCUGUGCGUCUGCUUCUCCUUCAUUGGCUCCCUCGACCAG